AUGUUGCAACCGUCAAAAUCGAGCGAGGAAAAGAGGAAACAGGAUUUGAGCAAAGAGUUGGAGAAUGUACUGAAAGCGGCCGUUGGAUCACUUCGAUCGUCGAAGGAAACGAUUUCGAGCGAGAUCACCCAAAAUCUUUGCAACAUCAUCGAAGCGAUCUUAAUUCACGGGCUGCGUGAUCCUUUCUUUCUCAAGGGCUCUCGAUAUGCAAAAUACCCGGAGCCGAAUUUUUGGCCAUUCGUCUCGAAAUUUUCCCACCCAGCAAUUCUCAGCCAAAUUUCCGCUCUGAAGCAAAUUCGGACCGAAAUCGGAAAAGGAAGGGCUUGGAUUCGAAUCGUCUUAAACGAGUGCGCCAUGGAACACUACGUAACCCUGCUAAAGAAUGAGGCCACGGAUAUACAGAGAUUCUACAACGAUAACGCCUAUUUGCGAGAUGGCGAACAAGUGGAGAGGAUGAGAGACUAUUUGAAGGGAAUGCUAUCUCGAUGCACAAUUGCCUCUCCAACAAAUAGUUCAUUUCUCAACACAUGGACACCGACACCGCUCAUUUUGGCCGGUUUGGUCAAUGGGAAACCGCUGAGAAUCGGCCAACUCGCGCCUCGCAAAAAGUUGGUCUCGAUGAGUGAACAUGAGGAGAUCGGAAUGCCCGCUUUGGAUCUUUUGCCCACAACAUCGUCACCGCAAAGGAUAAGGAAAUUGAGACACAAUGUGCAUGAACAUGAUGAAGACAAUCUCUCAAUCUAUUCCCAUCCAUCGAUGGUCGAUUGUAAAGGGCCAAUGUCGUCGACACCGAUAUCGAGAUCGCCAGCUGAUCGGCUUUUCGACAGUCCAAACGAUGAGGCACCGAAAAUUCUCCACGUCGAACGACGACAGAAAAAACAGAGACGAACGGGCAGUCAAAGCAGCAGCUCCGGCUCGAACCAUUCCCCAUCUCAAUCAGAAAUCGGUCUGAUCGAUGCUUCGAUGCCGCAAGAUUCGUGGAUUGAUCGAGCGCCGAAAACUCUAAACGAGUCACCAAUCAAAAAAGUGCCUCAAUCACAAUCGGAUACGGUGGAUUCGGGAAUAUAUGAGGAGAGACAACACCACGAAAAAACGCGAAAAGAAUCGAUUGUUGAGCAUUUGGUCACCGCAACUUCGACGGAUCACAGAGAAAACAAAGAGCUCGACGAGGCGUUCAACGAUUCCUCAGGCUUGCACGCGAUUGACAUGUCGAAUUUGAGCUCAAUGCAUGAUCAGACUUUUGGCUCAUCCCUUCACGAUGAAAUGUUACUUGUUUCGACUACAGUGCCCCUUGUCGGGAAUAGUUUAAUUGGACGAGCGUGGAGCAUUCCAAAGACUGACUCGUGCAGCGAUUUCUGUGGAACAUCAUUCGGUUCAGGAUCUGAAUCAGCUGGCCCGGUGAUGCCAUUUGGAACAGCGCUAAGAAAUGCAAUGCAGACUGAUGACAUCUUGCACGGGCCAAACGUUUUCUCACAAGCGUCAAAAGAAGGAGCCGAGAUUGCGCUAGAAGUCGACUCGCAUGUACAGAUUAUCCAAAAAGUCGACGAGAUGCCGGAGAUUGCGUUAGAAGUAGAAGAGGAGGUCGAAGAAAAGGCACCAACCGAAGAAGAGCUCUUGAAACAAAAAGCGGCUGAAUUAUUGCACCUUUUCACGAAAGUUCAAACAGAAAUCGGCUUGGAUGGACAAGAUUGGAGAUGUCCACAGUGUAAAAGAACGAUCGGAUGUGGAUACGGGAAAUGGAGGGUUUGCGGUGUCGACGCGCGGUACUAUUGCUCGGAUUGUUUCUCCACUGAGUUGCGACCAAUUCCGGCGAGGAUUCUACUCAAUUGGGAUCAUCGACCGAGGCCCGUUUCGACUCGUGGAAAAGUCUAUCUAGAUCAAAAUGCCGACACACCACUUUUUCGAUUAAACGAGAUGAAUUCAAUGUUGUACGAUCGAGUUAACGAGUUGAAAAAAAUUAAGAAUCUCCGCGAACGUCUCCAAGCAGUUUCACUAUAUUUGUUCUCGUGCCGCGAAUCGGUUUCUGAUGAUUUGAAAAGAAGAACAGGGCUUGGAUCCGGGCAUCUACUCGAGCAUUUACAUAUCUACAGUUUUCAGGACUUGUUGAACGUGUUCUCUGGCGCGUUGGAGCUUCAUCUACAGAAUUUACUUAAGUUCGCCACAAAUCAUGUGUUUACUUGUCUGCUCUGUCGUCAGAAAGGGUUCAUCUGUGAGCUGUGCACGAAAGAUGAUGUCAUUUAUCCAUUUCAAAACGAAACGCAACGGUGCACGAAAUGUUUCUCUGUCUACCAUGAUGAAUGUUUCCAAACACAAAAGGAGAAAUGUCCAAAAUGUGUGCGUCGAGAAAACCGCGGAUCACCGAAUCCCCCUCAACAUCAUCAACCGACACAAGAAAUGCCUUUUCUU